CGAAACAGAAAACUUCUCGGUGAUCUCUCUCUCACAAGUUGCAUGAGCUUGGAUCUUGGUAAUAAGUUAUACAGUUUAGUAAGAGCUCUCUCUCUCUUUCUCUCUGUUUUUUUUGUUCUCUUAGGUAGUGUGUGCUCUUCGCGGGUACGAGCCAUCAUGGAUUGAACCAACAAAGAAGAGAGAGAGAGAGAGAGGGGAGGGGAGCGUCUAGGAGUUUAGUUUCUAGCGCAAAGGAAGGAUUUUGCGGGAUCUAGGAGGAGAGACGAAGAAGAAGAAGAGAGAAUCAUGAACUUCAAGGAUCGGGGGAGCGAUAUGUGGCGAGUAUGGCCGACGCUGAUGAGGAGGGCGCUGCCAAUCUUUGGAGCCGAGGAGCCGCAAGCCACGAUUCCAGCCCGAAGAUCAAACGUACCGGCGUCCGUACGGAUGGAUCCCGACAAGCCUCGUCCUUGGCGAUAUGUUCGAUGGCAGAAAGCCAACGAGAAACAAAAUCUGAUGCCCAAGCCAAAAGUGAGCAGACCCAAAGGAAACUACGUGUACAAGGUUCUACCCGGCGAGGACUUGGGAGACAUCUCCUCCAAGCACGAAACUUUCACCGAAGUUGUCAUGGAGGCAAACAAGAUCUUAAACCCGGCAAAUGUUGCUACCGGCCAGCUCCUCUGGAUCCCUCGGACUCAUCACAUACAAAAGGGAAACACGCUCUGGUCUCUCUCUCGCAAGUUCAAAGUGUCCAUCUCCACAAUCCAGACUGCGAACGGGAUUGAGAAUCCGGAUCUUAUAUUCGCGGGUGAUAUUCUAGUGAUCCCGAAUGAACAAAAAUGACUUGGAUGGUUUUCGCCACCAAAUUUUCUGGGUAUUGUAUCACAUAAAAGAUACUCCAAGCAAAAAAAAAGUAAAAAGUAAAAACCAAA